CAUAAUCUCAAAAGUCAUUCACAACACCCUUUUAUCUCUCAAAAAACCCAAUUCAUAAACACCAUGAAAGUGAUGAAACACCUAAAAUCCCUCAAGUUCUGGUCCAAAAAGAAGAAGAAGAAAAGGAUCACAACCAUCCACCACCAUUCUCCACCACCAUGCUGCUGCAGCCCUGCGUUUCAGCCGUCAGCUCCGCCAUUACCCUCGCGGUUAGAUUACGAACAGCAGACCUACACUCAACAUCUGUUGACAGCUGAUGUAAAGUUCUCUGUAUUGCCAAAAGAACAUGACAUCAGCAAUGUGAAUCCAUCAUCUUCAUCUGGUGAUGUGGAAACUGGUUGUUCUUAUCAGCAAUAUAUGGUUAAGAAUCCAGUUUACGGAGUGCCUGUGCUGCAGUCAACAGAAACAGAGAGGUCUGCGGGUGCCGUUGGAUGUGUGUUUAAUAUCGGUGCUCAUUUGUUCCGCUGCUUCUUCCCCUGUUUUCGCAUUAGGGAUGUCCAACAUAAUUUCAAUUUUAAAUCCUUUACUAACUAAAGUUUAUAAAAAUAAAUUCCAGAUACAUGUCAAAUAUAUAUGUUGAUUUUACU